GACGUUCUAGAACAUUUAUCUCAAAGAACUACACAGAACCAUAGAGAUGGUAUAUUUGGUGAAGAGUUUAGAAAGAAAGUUAGGGAGGGAGAAGGAAGAGAACCUAUUGUACAUGACCUUGCAAACGAAAGUUUACAAAAUGUCAUAAAAACUUACUUUGCAGACAAUGAACCGAGAAGGGAUGAAUAUUUAAGAAAACUCAAAUGGACAGUACCAAAUGAAAUGUUAGUAUUGAAAAACAUGUUCCUUGACAAAAUAAAACCAACUACAGAAAUAAACGACGCAAGACUGAAAGAUUGGGUAAAAGCUUUCCCAUUCACAAAAGAUAUAGUUGGUAACAUGGAAAGAAAACCAGAAUGGCUACAAAAACAUAUAUUUGGAAACGAGCAUAUUCCAUAUGGACAGGCACUGUUUGAAGAGCUUGAACCGGAAACUCAGGAAAGAGUCAUGCAAACAAUACGCGAAGACUCAAAUACAGACUAUGACAAACUCUUUCUAGGAUAUAGGUUACCUGAGAUGGGCGACCAGAGCCAAAAGGCAAAAAGGACAUGGGAAAUUUGCAACAUACUAGAUGAACAUAAUGCAAAGAUGCAACAACUUCAAGCAGAGGGCAAUGAAGGAAAAAGAAGAGUUAAAAACUCAGUCAGGAAGAAAGUAAAGCUUGGUCCACGUGGGUUCUAUUAUGACAUAUAA